GGUGGGAGGGGCGACCAAGUCGUUGGGUGUAGUUAUUGGUGGAGGUUGGCUUCCGCAAAAGUCGAAUACAGCGUCUGCAAUGGGCACGGACCUGACGAACUUGGUGACGGAGGCGGACUUGAUUGCGUUUGGAAGUGAUGGGUCGUUGAGUUCACUCAAUUGGUCGGUCGCACCCGCUGGCGGGAAUGGUGGUAGCAAUAUUAAUCAAAAUUUGGGUCCGGUGGCGGGAUCCAAGGUCGUGCCUUUGUCAUCGCCAGGUGGUAAGGCCGUGGUUCUUGGUGGGGUAACGGGGUCGCGAGGAAAUGGUAACGGGUUGUCGUUUGCAAACUUGUCGAUCGUUGAUAUGGUGACAGGGGCUGUCGUUAUCCAGGUAGGGACAGAAACGGAGUUUGUGCACGAAUGCCAACAGCCCAAAUACGAUGAGCAUGACUGAUUUUUCUUUUCUGUCUUUGCUGAUCCUCCAGAAAGCGACAUCAAGCACGCCGAACGGAAUUCCCUCGCCGCGAUACGGACACUGUGCAGCGUUGUCUACCGACGGGAACACGAUUAUCAUGUUCGGUGGCUCGCUUGUGGCGAACGACAAGGUCACAAACGACCUCUAUGCACUCGAUACCCGGACCUGGACAUGGUCCCAACCAGCACUCAAAACGACUCCCCUUUCUCCCGUGCGGGACCAUCAAUGUGUCGUUAUCGGCGAUCAGUUCCUCUCAUUGUUCGGAUUCAAUGCCAACCAGGCACCCUCCUCUACAAGUUCGAACUCUAGCGGUAAUUCAGGGUCCUCAACACCCAUUCCCUCCGUCCCUCCGAUAUAUGUCCUUUCUGUCUCACAGUGGGCCUGGUCUACACAGUACACACCUCUGCCCGGAACACCCUCGCCACCAACGCCUCCUAGUGUGCCGACAAAUGGUAGCAAGAAUAAGGUCAACGGCGUGGCGAUCGCGUUCGGGACCAUUUUUGGACUCGCAUUUUUGGGUGUGGUUGGGUACCUUGUCUUUGCACACAAGCGAAGGCAGAAGCGGAAGGCCGAGACGUUGUUGCUAAUCGAGAUACAGGAGCAAAAGAAGGAAGAGGCCAAGUUGGAAAAGGAACGACUGCAGCGGCAGCAGCAGCAGCAGGAUGCGCCAUUGCCGCCCGUACCGGUCUCCGCUCAUACUAAUGACAAUGGAAAUUAUCAGGAUUACAAUGAUUACAAUGCAAAUUAUCAUGGCGCCGGCAACCAAGGAGGCGCUUUCUAUCCACCUGUAGCGGCGUCGACGGCACCUUCGAUGUCACAUUAUCGAGCAACGGAUCCGUUCCAGAACCCGACGUAUCUGCAGCACCAGAAUUCUCAUCACCAGCUUGAGCCAAUUCCAUACUACGCACAGGCAGGCGGUAGUGCAGCUGGAGAAGGGCUUGAUUUGUAUCCGUUUGCUUACCCGCCACCAGUAUCUUCACAACAACAGCAGGACUCGCCUGUGUUCGUGCCUGAGGAGAUGGGAUAUAUUUCUCCGAUGCUGCCAGGAAGCCAUAAUAUGCCUGGUAAUGCAGCGGAUAAUUUUAAGGUGCCUGUGGAGGAUGGGAGGAUGGGUUCGGGGGGAAGGCUCGCGAGUGGUGCGCGGGAUAAGAUGUCGUUUAUUGAUCCGGGGCCCAUAUAUCGCUGACAUAUUCACGAUUAGUAAUAAAAAGAUGAUAAAAUGGGCCUGAGACG